GCAGAGGGUCGAGGACCGUGUGUCCUGAGAAGGCUUAGCGCCUGCGCGUUGUGGGUUUCGGGGCCUCCCGGCCUGAGGGAGAGGAACAGGGAAGAUGGCGGCUGUGGUGGAGAAUGUAGUGAAGCUCCUUGGGGAGCAGUACUACAAAGAUGCCAUGGAACAGUGCCACAAUUAUAAUGCCCGCCUCUGUGCUGAACGUAGUGUGCGCCUGCCUUUCCUGGACUCACAGACUGGAGUAGCCCAGAGCAAUUGUUAUAUCUGGAUGGAAAAGCGACACCGGGGACCAGGAUUGGCCUCUGGACAGUUAUACUCCUACCCUGCCCGACGCUGGCGGAAAAAGCGUCGAGCCCACCCACCUGAGGAUCCCAGACUUUCCUUCCCAUCAAUUAAACCAGAUACUGACCAGACUCUGAAGAAAGAGGGGCUUAUCUCUCAGGAUGGCAGCAGUUUAGAGGCUCUGUUGCGUACUGAUCCCCUGGAGAAACGGGGUGCCCCAGAUCCCCGAGUUGACGAUGACAGCCUGGGCGAGUUUCCUGUUAGCAACAGCCGAGCACGGAAGCGGAUCAUUGAACCCGAUGACUUCCUUGAUGACCUUGAUGAUGAGGACUAUGAAGAAGAUACUCCAAAGCGUCGGGGGAAGGGGAAAUCCAAGAGUAAGGGUGUGAGCAGUGCCCGGAAGAAGCUGGAUGCUUCCAUUCUGGAGGACCGGGAUAAACCCUAUGCCUGUGACAUUUGUGGAAAACGUUACAAGAACCGACCUGGCCUCAGUUACCACUAUGCCCAUUCCCACCUGGCUGAAGAGGAAGGAGAGGACAAAGAAGACUCGCAACCACCCACUCCUGUGUCCCAGAGGUCUGAGGAGCAGAAAUCCAAGAAAGGACCUGAUGGAUUGGCCCUGCCUAACAACUACUGUGACUUCUGCCUAGGAGACUCAAAAAUCAACAAGAAGACAGGGCAGCCUGAGGAGCUAGUGUCCUGUUCUGACUGUGGCCGCUCAGGGCAUCCGUCCUGCCUGCAGUUCACCCCUGUGAUGAUGGCGGCCGUGAAGACCUACCGUUGGCAGUGCAUCGAGUGCAAGUGCUGCAACCUCUGUGGCACGUCAGAGAAUGAUGACCAGCUACUUUUCUGUGAUGACUGUGACCGUGGCUACCACAUGUACUGUCUCACUCCUUCCAUGUCUGAGCCUCCUGAAGGAAGUUGGAGUUGCCACCUGUGUCUGGAUCUGCUGAAGGAGAAAGCGUCCAUCUACCAGAACCAGAACUCCUCCUGAUGUGCCACCCAGCUCCCCUGCAUCUAAGGCCGUUUCUCUCCUCUCUACCUUGGUUUUCGUUGCCCCUCUCUCCUCUUUCACUCCAUAGUCCUGCCUACCUGCCUUUGGCAACAGCACAGGGAGGUGGCAGCUCCGACUGCCUCUAGCCCCAAGCCCUCAGGGAGUAAGGAGCAGCUGCUCCAGGGCUGACCUGUGGGCCCAACUUCUCUCUGUUCUCCAAGAAGUGCAUUCACUCUGCCUGCCUUGGGCCUAAGACCCUGGUGAUUAUAGGGCUCAAGUGGGGUCCUCUGAGAAGGACUAUGAGAGCAGCUCACUUGUCUCAAGACUUGCCCACCCCUCAUCCCCCCUUUGGUUUCCAGGGUUUUGCCUCAGAGGCCAGGUUGGGCCUUUCCUGGAAGCAGCUGGAGUGAGCUGGCUGAGUGGCACUUGCCAGGACCUUUUCAUACCCUAGUUCUGCUUUCCUUUGCCUCCUGCCAAAGCAGUCCCCUGUCCUCUGUCAUGCUACAUGGGAUUCUGUGCUUGAGCUGGAAUGUUCUCAGGCACCUCCUGGCUCUGCCCUGUCCCACAAAGGGACAAGCAGCUUCACACCUGUCCUUCCUGUGCUUGGCUGGCUUGCUCACAGGUGCUCUCUGGCUACCCAGACAUUUCCUGCCCUCAGCACUUCCCGUCUUCUGCCCCCUUCCUUAGUCCCUUUGGUUUUAUAGGGAGAGGGAUAGUGUCAGGGCCGGGCCAGCAGCUUGGGGCCACAGGGAGAAGUUGGAUAAUGUGCCUGUUUUUUAACUCGAUAAAAAAGCCUACCUCCAAAAUCCCCUUUUUGUUCUUCCUGGACCUGGGCAUUCAGCCUCCUGUCCUUAACUGAAUCAGGAGCCUCUGGCUCCUGCCUGUGUGUCCUGGCUCCCAGGACACAGGAUGGUCCCCUUUCCUUGCACGCUAGCUAGUAGCUGGUAAGGUCUUCACACCCUGAGUUUUCUGUUUCCUGCUUAGUGGCACUGACAUUAAGUAGGAGGGGACAGUCCUCUACAGUACUCUAGAGUGGGCUUCCCCCUUGGCUGUGGGCAGGCCCUAACUGUUGUUUUCUGCAAAGUUGAGGCCCCCCUCACAUAUUUAGUUCCUGUAUUCGAAACAUUAGUAAAAAUAAACAUUUUUACAGAGCCUUCUGCUGGA